CGAGCCUGGGAAACUGGGGGGCGUUCGCGGAACCAAGCGAGCCUGUCUCGCCCGGGGAGAAGCGGGGCGCCUCGGCUGCGGGCUCUAAGGGAGUCGCGGGGCUCGGCUGGGGCUCCGGCCCGAUCCUGGAUUCCCUUCCGUGAGAAUCGAUUGACGGGAAAAAUGGGCGGGAAAGAACCGGACCGCCCCUUUGGGCUCAUUUGCAUAUCAUUUGCAUACUUCGUUUGAAAAGCGAGCAGGCAGCGAAGGGUUAAAUUGCAUCAGCGAACCAGAAUGGAAUUGACUCCAGGAGUGGAAAAAACGAUCAAGCCAAUCGAUCGCAGAUCAGUUCAUCGGAUCUGCUCAGGCCAGGUGGUGCUGAAUCUAUGUACCGCUGUAAAAGAGCUGGUGGAAAACAGCCUCGAUGCUGGCGCUACUAACGUUGAAGUGAAGCUUAAAGAUUAUGGAGCGGAUCUUAUUGAAGUCUCUGAUAAUGGUUGUGGCGUAGAAGAGGAUAACUUUGCAGGCUUGACACUGAAGCAUUAUACUUCCAAGAUCCAAGACUUUUCUGACCUCAUCAACGUGGAAACGUUUGGCUUUCGAGGCGAAGCUCUGAGCUCUUUGUGCGCGUUAAGCAACGUUUCCAUUGUCACUUGUCACAAGUCCGCCAAUAUCGGGACCCGCCUGGCGUUUGAUCACAGCGGGAACAUCACCAGGAGAGUCCCGUUCUCCCGGCCACAGGGGACCACCGUCAGCGUCCAGCAGCUGUUUCUUACUUUGCCGGUUCGACACAAAGAAUUUCAGCGUAAUAUAAAGAAGGAGUUUACCAAAAUGGUCCAGAUCCUACAAGCGUACUGCAUCAUUUGCACCGGGGUUCGAAUUAACUGCACCAACCAAGUAGGUCAAGGGAAGAAGCAGGCCGUGGUGAGCACCAGCGGAAGUUCUACUUUAAAAGAAAACAUCGGCGCCAUAUUUGGACACAAACAGGUACAAACCCUGAUUCCCUUUGUGCAGCUGCCACCGAGCGAAGAAGUCUGCGAAGAAUACGGCUUGAACGUUUCUGCUCUGCCCACUAAGCUUUAUACCAUCGCAGGAUUUGUUUCGCAGUGCAAUCAUGGCGAUGGGAGGAGCACAACGGAUCGACAGUUCUUUUUUAUUAACCAGCGGCCGUGCGACCCAGGAAAGGUUUCCAAAGUUGUAAAUGAAAUCUAUCAUAUGUAUAACAGGCACCAAUAUCCAUUUAUUGUUCUUAAUAUCCGUGCAGAAUCUGGAUGCGUGGACAUCAACGUGACUCCGGAUAAAAGGCAAAUCUUGCUCCAGGAAGAGAAGCUUUUAUUAGCAAUCCUAAAAACAUCGUUGAUGGCGAUGUUUGGCACUGACGUUAAUAAAUUGGCGGUGAAUCAAAAGCUGACCGAUGUUGAAGGGAACUUGAAAAGCUUCCUCCAAAACGAGGGAGAGGCGUCUCCCUCAGAGACGUCAACCAGGCCUUUUUCUCCAAAUCGGGACGAGACAUCGACGAUAAUUGCCCGUCUGAAGGAAUCCGUUUCUCGAGGGAAAACCUUUGCUCUUCGGGAGACCGAGAGAGCCCAACCAAAACACAGGCCAACCACCAGCCAAGGAAUAUUCCAGAUGCUUGCCGGUUUUUCCGCCUCUCCCCGAAAGAAAAUUCUUCUCAACGAGGGAUCCGAAGACGGAAGCGAGGUGGAUUCGAGGAAUUCCCCGCUUGCGGGCAGGAAGUUGGAGAAACCGAACGAAGAUACGGAUUCUGGUUUGGGGAGCGUCUCCGCCGAAUCAGAUGGGGGUUUGAGCACGCCAGAAACGGCCGUCCAUUUUAGAGCCGAAAGUGCUGGGGAUUCUUCCAAAGAAAAAUCCAGUGUUUCUAGUGGAGAAAUCCAGAGCAGCGAAUGUGGAUCUAGCGGGGUUUUCUUGCCCUCCGAACCAAACCAGAACGAAGAAGGCGGAUUCUCUCGACAAGCCGCUUCAUCUCCCAAAGCAAAACGUUUUAAGAUCAGUCAACCUCUUUCCCCAAAAGCCCAUUUCUCGGCGAUGACCCCCGAACAGGACUCUGACGCGCAGCCCUUGUAUGACGUCCCGGUCAAAAUGGAAAAGAGGACGGUGCCUUUAGCCGUCUCUUGGAGCAGCUUAACGGGCCGAAUCCAGAGGCAAAUUAAGCGCCAGGAGACCGAAGGAGAAAUGCUGAAAUUCAGAAAAUUCAGAGCAAAGAUUAGCCCGGGAGAAAACAAAACGGCGGAAGAUGAAUUAAGAAAGGAAAUAAGGAAAGAGAUGUUUGCUAAUAUGGAGAUCGUUGGCCAGUUCAACCUGGGCUUUAUCAUCGCCAAGCUGAAAUCGGACCUCUUCAUCGUCGAUCAGCACGCUACCGAUGAAAAAUACAACUUUGAGAUGCUGCAAGAGCACACCGUCCUGCAGGGGCAAAAGCUGAUCAAGCCUCAAAAUCUUAAUUUAACCGCUGUGAGUGAAAGUAUCUUAAUGGAUAAUCUGGAGAUUUUCCAAAAAAAUGGAUUUGAUUUUGUGGUUGAUGAAAACGCUCCUGUAACUCAGAGAGUAAAGCUCAUAUCUUUACCAACCAGCAAAAACUGGACUUUUGGUCCUCAAGAUGUAGAAGAAUUAAUCUUUAUGUUAAGCGAUUCUCCGGGAAUCAUGUGCAGGCCAUCCAGAGUAAGGCAGAUGUUUGCCUCUCGAGCGUGUCGGAAAUCCGUGAUGAUUGGAACCGCCCUCACGGCCAGUGAAAUGAAGAAACUGAUUUCUCACAUGGGCGAAAUUGAGCAUCCUUGGAACUGUCCCCACGGCAGACCCACCAUACGACACUUAGCCAACCUGGACCUCAUUACACAAUUGUGACCGGCUACUAGCUCUUAACUUUAUUGUGGAAUGCAACCGCGGUCUCGUUUUAGAAACACAGGCUAUGGCAAAGUUCUCGAUUUUGCUGGACCGGAAGCUUAAAUCAUGGUUUCGUGUUGCAAAAGAAGAAUGUGGGGUUUUUCCCCCCCCGCUUCUUCUUCUCUUUCUCUCUCAAUAACUGGACACAAUAACUUUCCAUCUCCUGCCUUCUAAAAAAAAGACUUUUCACAUUUUUGUUUGAAAAAGCGGUCAGAAAAUAGAGGGGGGGUCCCCCCCCCAAAAUGGGCUUGUCUUAUUGCUGCCUUUGUAGAAAUAUUGAUUUUCUGUCCAUUUUAUCGAUUUCCUCUGGACAGAAAGAAUUGAGUGUACGUAACUGACUCUUUAGAGGACUUCCUGUUUUAGGGCAGACCUGUUUUGUAAAUAAAGAUUUUUUUUAAAAAAAAAUACACGUGUUCUUUGUGC